AUGAAUAUGUACCAAGGCCUACGUACAAUAAGACGGACGGUCCAAGAAGUGUGGGUGUACAUCUCUGUGGGACUCAUGCCUCUUACCAUGAUUCCGUUUGUUUAUGUACUCACGCCGAAUCAAGAAAAUGCAAAAAGGGCAAUGAUCCAGGACUACAAAAUAUAUCCGGAUUGUGUCUAUGACAUCAACUCUGUCAUUGUCUGUAACCCUUUGAACAAUUGUGCUAUCAUUUUUGCAAUCCUGAAUUUGGCCAAUGUGUUUGGCUCCACUUUUAUAAUAUUUUAUGCCACUCAUAAGGCGUAUAUGCUAUUGUCCAAACGAAUGCUGACAAAAUCUAAUAAAACGAAAAGAAUGCAUCAGAAAUUCAAUAAAAGAACCCGGCUACAAGUAGGUGGAAACUGA